AUGGGUCUUGUAGAAAUCUGCCUGAUGCACCCCCUGGAUGUGGUGAAAACCAGGUUCCAGAUUCAGAGAUGUGCCACUGAUCCAAAUAGUUAUAAAAGCUUAGGAGACAGCUUUCGAGUGAUUUUCCGAACAGAAGGGUUGUUUGGUUUUUACAAGGGAAUUUUGCCACCCAUCUUGGCUGAAACACCAAAAAGAGCAGUGAAGUUUUUCACUUUCGAGCAGUACAAGAAAUUGCUAGGAUAUGUGUCCCUGUCACCAGCAUUGACAUUUGCCAUUGCCGGAUUGGGAUCUGGACUAACAGAAGCCAUCGUGGUUAACCCUUUUGAAGUAGUAAAAGUUGGCUUGCAAGCCAACCGGAACACAUUUGCAGAGCAACCAUCCACCAUGGCUUAUGCGAGACACAUCAUUAAGACGGAAGGCUUGGGUCUCCGGGGCCUCAACAAAGGAUUUACGGCAACUUUGGGACGCCAUGGGGUUUUCAACAUGGUUUAUUUUGGCUUCUACUACAAUGUCAAAAACAUUAUUCCUGUCAAUAAGGAUCCAACCUUGGAGUUUUUGAGAAAAUUUGGGAUUGGUCUUCUGUCGGGGACAAUAGCCUCAGUCAUUAACAUCCCUUUUGAUGUUGCCAAAAGUAGGAUUCAAGGGCCUCAGCCAGUUCCUGGAGAGAUCAAGUACAGAACCUGUUUUAAAACAAUGGCAACAGUCUAUCAGGAAGAAGGGAUUUUAGCUUUGUACAAAGGCCUGCUUCCCAAGGUUAUGAGGCUUGGACCAGGUGGUGCAGUGAUGCUGCUGGUUUAUGAAUACACCUAUUCAUGGCUUCAGGAGAACUGGUGA